AUGGCUUUUACCAAAGUUUUUUCUUCUAUUCUAAUGAUGUUUGUCCUCUUUCCAUCACUUUUCAUGGCAUUUCCUCUUAUAGGAUCACGUUCAAGCCUGGUUCCUGAGUAUUAUCAAUUUUCAUGCCCUCAACUCAAUGACAUUGUCAUGACAGUACUAGAGAAUGCCAUUGCUAGAGCUCCAAGAACUGCCGCCUCCUUGCUCAGGCUCCAUUUCCAUGACUGUUUUGUGCAGGGCUGUGACGCGUCGGUUCUCUUGGACGAUAGUUCGACAAUCGCCAGCGAGAAAAGGGCUGGACCUAACCUGAAUUCCCUACGAGGAUACGAAGUGAUCGAUGAAAUCAAAGCUAAGCUCGAAGAAGAAUGCCCCGAGACAGUCUCGUGUGCAGACAUUAUCGCUCUGGCUGCCAGAGGCUCAACUGUCAUAAGUGGAGGUCCAAGUUGGGAACUGCCUCUUGGAAGGAAGGAUUCUAAUUGUGCAAGCAUUAACCUUGCAAACAACAAUCUUCCAGCACCAAAUUCCACCAUUCAAAACCUAAUUAAUCUAUUCAAAAGACAAGGGCUUAGUGAAAUAGACCUCGUGGCUCUCUCAGGUGGUCAUACAAUAGGAAUGGCACGGUGCGCUACAUUCAAGCAAAGACUCUACAACCAAAAGGGGAAUAACCAGCCUGAUCAAACCUUAGAAAGAGCAUAUUACUUUGGGUUGAAAACAAUUUGCCCGAUAAUCGGCGGGGACAACAACAUAUCCCCGUUGGAUUUGGCAUCUCCGGCGAGAUUCGAUAACACGUAUUUCAAACUCAUACAAUGGGGAAAAGGGUUGCUUACAUCAGAUGAGGUUUUACUUACAGGAAACGUGAGAAUGACAGCUGAAUUGGUGAAGGCUUAUGCGUUGGAUGAAGCACUCUUCUUUCGCCAAUUUGCUGAAUCCAUGACUAAGAUGGGGAAUAUCAAUCCUCUCACUGGCUACAAUGGCGAAGUCAGAAAGAAUUGUCAUCGUGUGAAUUGAAAUUGAUCAUCUUGCUGGUUAUGGGUUCUAUGGAAGUUUGAAUUUUUUAAAGUUUAACCUAAGUGGAAGUAAUACUAAGUUUGCAAUUCAUGUUUAUCUUUUUGUGUGUGCUUAAUAAUAAUAAUAAUAAAUAUAGAUUGUGUAUCAAGUUAUCAUUUGAAAAUGGCAAAAUACUAUUUCAAUAGCUUUAUUAUAUGGGACCUUAAGAUUUUA